GGAAGGGGCCUGAGAGCAAGUACCCGUUGCACUACCUUGUGUGGCACAACCGCCACCGCGAGCUGGAGAAGGAGGUCCGCGCCGGCCAGGUGGACAUCGAGCAGCUGGAUCCCCGUGGUCGGACCCCCCUGCACCUGGCCACCACGCUGGGGCACCUCGAGUGUGCCCGUGUGCUCCUGGCACAUGGUGCAGACGUGGGCAGGGAGAAUCGCAGCGGCUGGACAGUGCUUCAAGAGGCUGUGAGUACCAGAGACUUGGAACUAGUGCAGCUGGUGCUGCGGUACCGAGACUAUCAGCGGGUUGUGAAGCGGCUGGCGGGCAUCCCUGUGCUCCUGGAGAAAUUACGCAAGGCCCAGGACUUUUACGUGGAGAUGAAAUGGGAGUUCACUAGCUGGGUGCCCCUGGUGUCCAAGAUCUGCCCUAGUGACACCUACAAAGUGUGGAAAAGCGGGCAGAACCUGCGGGUAGACACCACACUCCUGGGCUUUGACCAUAUGACGUGGCAGCGAGGGAACCGCAGCUUUGUCUUCAGGGGCCAAGACACAAGUGCCGUUGUCAUGGAGAUUGACCACGAUCGCCGCGUGGUGUACACGGAGACACUGGCUCUGGCCGGGCAGGACCGUGAGCUGCUUCUGGCCGCUGCCCAGCCCACUGAGGAGCAGGUGCUGAGUCGACUCACCGCACCUGUUGUCACCACGCAGCUGGACACCAAGAACAUCUCCUUCGAGAGGAAUAAGACUGGCAUCCUGGGCUGGCGCAGUGAGAAGACUGAGAUGGUGAAUGGGUAUGAAGCCAAGGUGUAUGGGGCAUCCAACGUGGAGCUCAUCACCCGGACACGGACAGAGCACCUUUCAGAACAGCACAAGGGCAAGGUGAAAGGUUGUAAGACACCUCUGCAGUCCUUCCUUGGAAUUGCUGAGCAGCAUGGGGGCCCUCAAAAUGGGACCCUGGUCACUCAGACUCUGAGCCAAGCCAACCCCACUGCCAUCACCGCAGAAGAAUACUUCAACCCAAGCUUUGAGCUUGGCAACCGUGACAUGGGCCGCCCCAUGGAACUCACCACCAAGACACAGAAGUUCAAGGCCAAGCUGUGGCUGUGUGAGGAGCAUCCCCUGUCCCUGUGUGAGCAAGUGGCCCCCAUCAUUGACCUCAUGGCCGUCAGCAAUGCGCUUUUCGCCAAACUCCGAGACUUCAUCACCUUACGCCUGCCUCCUGGCUUCCCAGUCAAGAUCGAAAUCCCGAUCUUCCAUAUCCUCAACGCCCGCAUCACCUUCGGGAACCUCAAUGGGUGUGAUGAGCCGGUGCCGUCCGUGCGAGGCAGCCCCAGCAGUGAGAGCCCCUCCCCAGGCAGCGACUCCUCUAGUGUCAGCAGCUGCAGUUCCACGACCUCCUGCCGUGGCUGCGAGAUCUCCCCAGCAUUGUUCGAAGCCCCACGAGGCUACAGCGUGCUAGGUGGCCAUCGAGAGGCGGUGGCCCGUGAUGACGACGAUGACCUACUGCAGUUUGCCAUCCAGCAGAGCCUGCUUGAGGCGGGCAGCGAGUAUGACCAGGUCACCAUCUGGGAGGCGCUAACUAACAGCAAGCCGGGCACCCACCCUAUGUCCUAUGAGGGUCGCCGACAGGACAGGAGCGCCCCGCCUACGCCGCAGCGCCAGCCAGUGCCCCCAGCAGCCCCCACGUCGGUCCCCAGCCCUCGACCAAGUCCCGGCCCAGGCACCGGCAGGCACGUGUUUCGGAGCUAUGAUGAGCAGCUGCGGUUGGCCAUGGAGCUGUCCGCGCAGGAGCAGGAGGAGCGGCGGCGGCGUGCGCGCCUGGAGGAGGAGGAGCUGGAGCGCAUCCUGCGGCUCUCACUGACCGAGCAAUAGCGCCCCCUGCCGGGCCUCUCGGCCAUGCCACAAGGGACCCAUCCCAGGCCCGGAGCAAGAAGGGGCCUGGCGUGCACCCUCUGCUGAGCUGGGGCUGGAGACUGGAGUCACCGCCUAGGGGUGCAGAAGUGCACUAGGCACAAUAUGGGGAGGUGUAGCUUUCCGGGCCAGGACCCUGGAGGCGGCUGGCACGGCCCGGUCCCCCUGCUUUGCUGUGUUCUGACUUUCUUCUUCUCCACCCCUCUUCCCCUUGGGCUCAGACCUUUCUGAGGACAGAACUAAGCAUUCCUGAGGGGGAGAUGAAUCCUUAGAGGAACAGUGUCCUUCGUUCCUUCUGACUGGCCCGCCCUCCUGCUCACUGACCCCACUCCGGGACACUGCCCUUGAAGCCUUUGCAUCUCCGCUCUUCACCCCUGGGGGGCAGCCGAGCUCCCCGCGUGCUGUGUCGCUGCUUUGUCCCAGACAUCAACCAGCACGCCAAGGGUGCAGCCCCUCUCCCACCCCGCCAUUUCAGCGUCAAGUGCACUUAGCGGGGUGCCCGGCUCCCCUACCCCCACACCCCUCCUGGGUCUCAGGGUGGUUCCAGCCUCUCCAUGGGCAACAAGAAGUUGGAGUUCCCGUUUCCAAGGCACGCUUUUUGUGAUGAGGGAGGGUGUCCAAAGUAGCCUGCAGACCUGGGCAAGGUCUGGCUCCCUUAUGGUGUCUUGGCAAGUAGGGGCAUAUUGGACUAGGGGACAGGCAUAGACUGUGCAUUAGGCUGGACACAGGGGGGUCUCCCAGGGACCCGGCACCACCAUCCAACGCGUCCUACCAGCUGCUGCUAGCCCUAUGUGGUUGUUUGUCCCAUUUGCCUCCCACCCAGGGGCUGACUCAAACCCUUUAUCCAAUGGUGCUAACCCCCGGCUCCCCUCUGCCCCUCCCCACCCAACUAGAGAAGCACAGACCCCCACCAGGGGCAGGGGCACAUGGCACACCCUUGUCUUGGUCUUCUCUGGGACUGACCUAGGCGCCCUGAGUGAAGCUCAGAAAGGGGGCGGAAGAAGAAAGCAACAAAGAGAAACUCCUCCUAUUCCUUUCCUUGAUGCCAGGGGCACCAGACUGAUUCUGAGGCACAAAUAAAAGAGGCUUCAAACC